AUGGACACAAUCCACACAACCACAAUCCGCCAGAGAAUGGCGAUUUCGGAUGACGAGGAUCAUGAUGAAUUCAAUCUAACAAAGAAGAAUUCAGCGAUGCUCUUCUCAAACGAACUCACAGCCCUCUACACACUUCUGGCCAUACUUUUAAUAGCGAGUCUGGCUUACAUUAUCGUCAAAGCAGUAAUACAUUCACGAAAAAACGGUUUCCUUUCGUCGGGAACGAAAUCAGAGAUGACGCCGAUCAAAGGGAAAUCGAUUGUGAAUGCAGCGUAA